ACUCCAGGAAGUCCAGGAAAUCCAGUUCCAGGUUUUGUGGCGGCCUGUGUGUGAGUGUGUAUCAGGCAGGCAGCGUGAAGGCAGCAGCAGAAGGACUAUGGCCGCCUCUCUGACUCUGACUCAGCUCUCCAGUGGAAAUCCCAUUUACGACAAGUACUACCGGCAGGUUGAUCCGAGGGGCAGCGGGAAGGUUGCCGCAGCAGACGCAGCUUUGUUCCUGAAGAGGUCGGGCCUUGCGGAUCUUGUUCUGGGCAAGAUCUGGGAUCUGGCCGACUCAGAAGGCAAAGGUUUUCUCAACAAACAGCAAUUUUUCAUCGCACUGCGCUUGGUGGCGUGUGCUCAGAAUGGCCUGGAGGUGGCACUCAAGAGCCUUAAUGUGGCUGUUCCACCCCCCAAAUUUCAUGAAACAAACAGCCCACUGUUAGCUGGGGGGGCAGCCAAUGAUCUCCCCUGGGUGGUCAAGCCUGAAGAGAAGCUGAAGUUUGACUCCAUCUUUGACAGCCUUGGUCCAGUAGGUGGCAUGCUAACUGGAGACAAAGUCAAGCCCGUCCUGCUCAACUCCAAACUGCCAGUGGACAUUCUUGGCCGGGUGUGGGAGCUCAGUGACAUUGACAGAGAUGGCAUGUUGGACAGAGAUGAAUUCUCUGUGGCCAUGUAUCUGGUCUACAGAGCUCUGGAAGGAGAAUCUGUUCCCAUGUCCCUUCCGCCUCCCCUGAUUCCCCCCUCCAAGAGGAAAAAACCCUCUGUGCCUCCUGUGAUGCCCUUGUUACCCUCGCCCCCGUCCGUCAAAGACAGUCGCACCUCCCAUGCUGGCUCUAAGACCAUGCCCCCUCCCCCUAAACCCGCCCCGACGCCAACAGCCGCCCCUUGGGUGGUGUCAGCAGCGGACAAGGCCAAAUAUGAUGAACUCUUCAGCAAGACAGACGGAGACAUGGAUGGGCUCGUGUCCGGACCUGAAGUCAGAGAUAUCUUCCUCAAAACUGGUCUGCCUUCUGCUACACUUGCACGCAUCUGGGAGCUUUGUGACAUUGGCGACAUUGGAAAACUGACCCGAGAGCAGUUUGCCCUGGCGCUCCAUCUGAUCAAUCAGAAGCUGACGAGAGGCCUGGACCCACCGCAAAGCCUCCUGCCGGAGAUGAUCCCUCCCACAGACAGACAGAACAUCAAACAGAACAACAUGGCCAACCUGGCAGCUGACUUCUCUGCCAUUAAGGAGCUGGACUCGCUUAGCAACGAGAUUGUUGAACUACAAAGGGAGAAAACCACAGUGGAAGAGGAGAUCAAGGAGAAGGAGGAGGCUAUCAGUGAGCGCAACAGUGAGGUCCAGGACCUGCAGGAUGAGGUGGCCAAAGAGAGCGAGGAGUUGCAGAAGCUCCAGACUCAGCGUCAGAAGAUCCAGGAUGCCUUGGAGGACCUGGACCAACAGAAGGGCUCUCUGGAGGAGCAACUGGCUCACCUCCGCAAGCAGACCAGCCAAGAGACCCAACUGAUUUCAUCGCUGCAGUCGGAGCACGAGGAGCAGGAACAGAGGAUAUGUCAGUAUGAGGAGGAGUUAGUCCAAGCUAGAGAGGAGCUCCUCGCUCUGCAGGAGGAGAGCAGAAGACUACAGGAGAAGGUGCAAGCUGCCCAGGAGCAACUUACACCUUUGCAGGAAUCUGUGCGGGACUCUUUCACACAAGUUUCACAGGUCCAACAGAAACUGAACGACCUUCAGGUGGAGGAGAGGUCUGUGUCCGCUCAGCUGAGCUGGAAGAGAGCUCUGGAAGACAACUCCCCAGUCAUGGUCAAUGGAUCAACAGGGCCCACGCCAGAGCUGCAUCACGGGGAUCCUUUUCAGCAGGACCUCUUCCAGGAGGAUCAACCUAAAGAGCUAAAGGAAGAAGAAUCAACUUCUGGCUCACCCAAUCAGAAAGAACUCUCAGAACUCACAGUGAAUGAAGAAAAACACGAAGACAAAGAGGGCAAGCGCCCCAAGACACCAGAAGAGGAAAAACUGAAACCUGAUGCCUUGGAUGACCUCUAUACUAGUCUAGCCUCAUCUGAGAUGUACACCCUCACCAAGUCACAAGAAAAAGCUGUUAACGAACACAGCAGUCCUUCACCUGACAUCUCCUCAGAAGUCCAAGAUGAUAUGGUGCCGUCAUCUAAAGCCAACCCAUCAAAGGUCGCAUCACCAGAGCCAGAGGUCGAACAGAAAGCUGGCGAAUCCCCAGAAAUCGGCACAUCAUCAUUUCCAACACAAGUUGGCCCUCCUCGUUCCGUGCCAGCACCACCCAGUCCACCUGAGAUGGACUUCUUCCAUUCAGACCCGUUCACAGAUAAUGAUCCUUUCAAAGAUGAUCUGUUUGGAAAGCCAGAUACUGCAGGUGAGCCGUCAAAGUUGAUGAGCAGGAACACCAGUGGAACAAAUCAUAAUAAUGAUUUUGCUGAAUCAGAUCCAUUUGGAGGAGAUCCUUUUAAAGGAUCAGACCCCUUCGCUGCUGAUGAUUUCUUCACACAAACCACCAGCAGCCACUUGCCCCCAGAAGACCUCUUUUCUAGCUCUACUGACCCAUUUGGUACAACUACUGGUGUGCCAGAGCCGGACCUAUUUGCGGCCAAACACAAGGAUCCUGCCCGAGCACCGACGGUAGAACCGGACCCUUUCACUUCGCAACCCACUAAUGCAACUCUGCCAGCCACAGACCCAUUCAACUCAGAAGUCAACACUACAGCUGAAUCGGACCCGUUCGCCCACAAGACCAACUCUGCCAGUGAGACGGAUCCAUUUGGAUCUCAGUAUGGAGGGACAGAUCCAUUUAACUGUUCGCCGCCCACUACUGGGCUGGCAUUGAAGGACACCACAGCAGCAGGCAAUGACCCUUUUGCUCCAGGUGGUACCACAGUGAAUGCCAACUCAGACCCAGAUCCAUUUGCUGCUGUGUUUGGGAAUGAUUCAUUUGGAGGAGGCUUUGCAGACUUCAGUGACCUUGCUAAGUCAAAUGGCCCUGAUCAAUUUGGCAUCAACAAUAAGAACUUGUACCAGGACGACAGCCAGUCCGCUAGUUCUGAUGUUCCCCCAGCACUGCCUCCCAAAACGGGUACACCAACGAGACCACCCCCUCCACCUCCAGGUAAGAGAUCCUCCCUCUCCAGAACCGAGUCCUCGGACUCCUUCCAUCGACGAGGGCACUUCCUCCCACAGACCUCUGGAGAGUUCUCCUCCUCUUCCUCCUCCUCCUCCCUGCCUGCCAAGGAUCCUGUAGCCGACCCCUUCGCCCCUUCUUCCCCUCCUCGUCAGCAAAUACAGGAAGCUGACCGAUUUGCCAGCUUUGACAAAUACCCAACGGAGGAAGACAUGAUCGAGUGGGUAAAGCGCGAGAGCGAAAGAGAGGAAAAGGAGCGUCUAGCCAGGCUCACCCAGCAGGAACAGGAAGACCUGGAGUUGGCCAUUGCUCUCAGCAAGUCUGAACUCUCCUGAGGGGCGUGGGGGGCUUCCAGAAAACCCACGGCACAGCCACAGGUGGCCUGUUUUAAGCACCAAAGCGAAAGUGGGGACCUAAAACCAAUGUUGCCCUCAAGACUGGCAUGGCGGUGUCUUUUACAUCCAUUUAGGGGAACCGCGAUGGAGCAGAUGAACAGGGAAACACAGCUUGUCAAGUCAUGUCCCUUUUUAUUUCUCCAGAAUGUAACUUAUUAUUAAACCUCAACUCAUACGCUAGAGCUUUAUCCACUAACUCACUACAGUCAGUCACUAAUCAUUCUUAGUAUUCUCAAAUGUGCAGAAGCGGGUGUCUCAAAGUGGAAUAUCUGGAAUGUAGCAGCCAUCAUGACUGAAUGGGAUUUUAUUUCGUUAUUUUCCAAACAAGAUGACAAAUAGAGCUUGGCGCGUUCUCUUGACAGGUGAAGUGCAUGCCGGGUUCUUACUUUAAAGGAGAAUAAAUAGACCGCCAUGGUUUAUCCUAGCAUUGUGUAGGAGGGAAACGUAAACUAUCCAUGAACUGCAGUAGCAUAAAGAUUCUAUAUAUUUUCAGAUAUAAAUUAAGAUGUAACAAGUGUGACCCCAACCCCCCAUGCCAUCUUUUUUUUUUAACAUGAAUGCAUUUUAAAUGAUCAGUUAAGAUCUGUUUAUAGCGACUUUUGGGUACUACUCGUUUAAGCUCCUCAGUAUGUAAGAAAUAAAUGCCUAGGUUAUUAAAUGUACGCUGAUGUGAUGGGUUUAAUGUGCGAUAAAUCAUACUAUGUACUAAAAGCUAAAGCAUACACAAAUGCAUGCGCUCAAGGUGAUAUAAUAGAUGCCGUACCUCAAACAAUGUGUCAUCCAUCCAUUUAAUCGCUUCACAAUUCACCAUUGAGCCGUCACUAGGCACUGAAAGCAGAAAGCUCCACCCUCACAAGUAUUCUGUAUAGACAAAGUAACGCCCCUUAAAUAAAUGCCUUACUUCAAAUAAAUCAUUUCUACUCUGUAGAAACAGCUACAACCACAAUAACAAACAUAUUGUUAAACCAAUACCUCCCUGACAGUGUUGACACUUAGCAAUAUGACUUCUAGAUAUAUUAUAAAGUCAAUGAUGUGUUCAAUGGAAUGAAAUUGUUUUCUAAUUAUAGAAUAUCCCACCUUUCCAAAAUGCCCUGUCUCGUCUGCCUUUCCCUCAUUUCUCUUCAUUUGUACAGACUGUUCCCAACCAGCAACCACCAUUUCUACGUACGGGUGUGCUCAUAAAAUGCAUUUUAUCUUUUUUCUGAUCAAUAUGUAAUGCACUAAAAUGAAGAAGAAUAAAUAUUUGAAAGCUUAUACACCA